AUGACGUCAAGUCGACGGGUGUUGCUCUCGCUCAAGGCCGCGUUAUGCCUCGCGUUCGUGGUGCUCGUGACGGCGCUGAAUUACUACGGAUUCGCGACGACAAGAGUGCAAGCGAGCAGCAGCGUUCCAUCCCAAAUGGCGGCGCUUGAAAUUCAGACCCAGAAUCAUAAACUGUUCCAGGAAAUCCGCGAUCUACUGUCCGAUACUGCGAACACAAGCCAAGCUAUUGCAACGCAUGCUACAGAGCAGCCAGCGACGCCUAUUCCUGACAAGGAGAUGCCCAAGUUUCCGGCCGACCACGACGGAAGCAACAUGCACAUCGUCUUCAGCGCGAGUUGCGACCAACGCAAUAGACUUCUUCAGCAGACAGUGGUGCAGCUCACGGCCUCGGGGGUCGGGCAAAAAGAUCCUAUCACGCAGAUUCUGUCGGGCUGUUCCGAAAGCGACAGGCUUCUCAACCCGGAGCCAGGAGCGCAGGACUCUUACCCAGCGUACAACAAGCCGUUCGGGUUGCGCCCUUUCCUCCAGCAUACGUUUCCAGAGGUGAAGCACGAGCUGGUCGCGCUCAUUGACGGAGACUUUUUCUUCUUUCGGCCGCUCGAAGCGAACCCGGGCAGGAAUAUGUCCAAGUUCUACCACGGACGGCGUGACCCGUCGACUGUGGAUGACGCAGUCAUCGAUGGUGUUGCUCUUGCCCAGGACUGGAAUGCACUUAAAGACGGCUUCUUUGCGGAGGACAAGGCUGAUGUGCUGAAACAAGUGUGUGGUGGUCUACCCUGCGGCAAUGUUUCGCGUGAGAACGGCGCUGAAUACUACGGCAAUAUCGGCCCACCCUACAUCAUGACACGAAGCGAUGCCUUGCGCAUGGUCGAUGACUAUUGCCACCUCUGUGUCAGAACUCGACAGGUUUCGAAUGAGUGGAUCGCCAAGAUGUUUGCAUUCUCGAUCGCAGCAGCAAAUAACGGCAUCAAGCACAAGGCGCUCUCGCAUCUUGGCAUUUCGUCGCCCAGCUUUGAAGGCGGAAGCCACGAGUACUGGGAUUUUGUUGACGGUACGAUGGCCAACCCGUGCGAGGACAAUCUGGAUUUCGUCAUGCCGAAGGAUCCUGAUGCUUUUGGACGGAGGCGAAAAGAGGUUUUUCAAGAGUGA